CGGAGUCUGGAGUCGCCAUCAUCACGCGUGGUUUUCCCCCGAUGUUCAACCAGUGACGAUAUCCGCACGCAUUAGGUGUUUGUUUUACGAAGAAGAACUUGAAUGAGAUUUUCUUUUGUUUCGAUUGUCGUUUUAUUUAGGCUUUUGCCAGUGUAUUUGCUUCCCUUCAUUGUCUCCGUUCGCGGGGAACUCAUAGAGGAGCCAUGUACAACGGCAUCGGCCUGACCACACCGCGAGGCAGCGGCACCAACGGCUAUGUGCAGCGCAACCUGUCGAGUGUGCGGGCCAAGCGUCCGCGGGACGAGCGUGGCGGUGAGCGGGACGAGAAGGACCGUGAGAGGCUGGAGAGCCAGCUGAACCGUCAGCCCAAUGCAGAGAUCCUGGAGCACCAGAGGAAGAGGCAGCUGGAGGUCAAAUGUGCAGAGCUGCAGGACAUGAUGGAGGAGCAGGGGUACUCAGCUGAGGAGAUUGAAGAGAAGGUGAACAGCUUCCGCAUGAUGCUGCAGGAGAAGCAGGAGCCGCCUACAGCCCCCACCGAGAGACCAUCGGCGACAGAGACUCACGCCCUGGCUGCAGCCAAUCAGCAGAAGAACGACCGGCUAAGGGCGGCGUUCGGCAUCGCCACGGACUACGUAGACGGCUCCUCCUUCCACCCGGAGCGCAAGGAGCGAGAGAAGGAGAAGAGGGAGCAGGAGAGGCUGGAGAGGGAGAAGCAACAGCAGCAGAAAUACGGGCUGGUAGAAGAGUCCGAGGACUCGGACUCCCCGGCCCGAAAACAGAGCCGCAAGAAGAAAAGGAAGAAAAACAAGAACAGAGACAGCUCAGAGAGCCCCUCCCCCUCUCCUAGACGGGUGAAGAAAACUAAGAAGAAGAAAAAGAAAAGGUUUCCAUUUGUUUUUCAUUUUGCAAAUCAUGUGAAAAAUGACAUCAGCGGGCGUUCCCUAAAACAAAGCGUGCUGAACGAUCGACAGACAAACGCUAGAUUCACGUUCGGUGUGGUUUUUGCGAGCCUUUACCCUUUUCAGCUUAAUGAACGAAGACUUUGUGUUCUCUGUUCUAGGGAUGGGUCAGAAGAAAAGGAUGACAAAGAGAGCUCCUCAGAUGAGAAGCAGGCAUCCAAGAAGAAACGCAAGAGAAGUGAAAAUGAGACUCCGCCCCAGAGUAAGACACGGCGCCACAGGAGUGGGUCCUCUAGCUCUGCUCACAGCCAAUCCCCUGCCCCACUGAAAGAGUGGCAGCAGAACCAGCCAGUCAAGAGAGCAGAGGAGGGGAGAAAGGGGCUGUCUCCUGACAGGAGGGGGCGUGGUCGCGAGGACGGGAGUCCACAGCGCCCGGGAGGCAGAGCGAGAUCUCCCAGGUAUCCCAGCUCCCCUGAACGCCGACCGAGGGCAGACAGGGAACGGGAGAAGGAGCGACUGAAGGACAAAGAGAAAGAAAGAGGGAAGGAGCGUGAGACAGUGAAGCCUACGAGAAAGAGACGCGACUCCUCGUCCCCCUCUCCUCCUCCUCGAACGGAACGAGAGAAAGCCAGGCGCUCCAGAAGUGGAGAGAGGGAGCGAGAGAAGGAGAGAGGAAAGGAGAGAACAAUGCUGCAGAGGAGCAGACACGACUCCUCUUCAUCCCCCUCGCCACCCCCGAAACAACCAGACACCAGGAAACAGAGGAGCGGAAAGAAGGACAAACCAGAAAGACGCGACGACUCCUUGUCUCCAUCUCCAGAAAGAGAGGGGGCAAGGAGAGGAAGGAGUGGAGAGGGGGAGCGAGGAAAGGAUAGAAAUGUGUCCCCCCGAGCCCCAGCUGACAGAGAGAGGGGGAGAGGGAAGGCGAAAGAAGGAUCUCCCCCUAGUUGGAAAAAAGAUGGAGGGAGGGGUAGAAACUCAUCCUGUGACUCCACAUCCCCUGUCCCUCAAUCGCCUCUCACCAACGGACGACAGAAAGAAAGGGAGCGCGAGGGAAGGAGGGAGAAAGAGAGGAAACCGGAGGAGAGGGGUAAAGAGAGAGAGAGGGAAUUGAACAAAGAGAGGGAGAAACAAGAGGAGCGGAGGAAGCGGGAGAGUGAAAGGGAAAAAGAGCGAGUCCGAGAUGGAGGGAGAGAGCGAGAGCGGUCCGGCAGACUGUCGUCUUCUACUCAACAUCCGUCUAUCUGUUUGUCUGAAGACCUCCGCCCGGAGCGAGAGUGUGAGGGGGAGAGGAGGGACAGAGAGAGGGGGGCAGUAGAGAGGGAGAGAAAAAGACAAACUGAGGAGGACAACAGGCGGGAGAACAGAGACCGAAGCCUUCCGGAAAAGGAGCGAGAGAAGGAGUUGGAGAGGGCAAAGGAAAGAGAGGAAGAGAAAGCUAAGGAGAGCAGCAGUAGCAGUGGGAGUGACAGCGACAGCUCUUCCUCAUCUUCCUCAUCCUCCUCCGGCUCAUCCUCCUCCUCUUCUUCAUCGUCCUCCGACGACGAGGAAGAGAAGAAAAAGGGAGCCGUGGCGAAGAGCGGCCCAGCGAAAAAAGCCCUCCCCUCUCUCAUCUCCCCUCCCACUGUAGGCGCCGCCUUCCAGAGAUAUCUGGCUAAUGGGGGCAGAGAGAGCGCUUCAGAGAGUGACGGACAGAGAGCUACAGGUAGAGAGAAGGAACGCGAGAGAACUGGAGGAGGAGAUGGGGACAGGUUCAUGCUCUCUGAAAGGGAAAACCCGCCCCCUGCUCCCCAAAGAGCAGCUGCCUCCCACCGGCCCCCUGCUGCUGAGCGCUACCCCCCCACAGACAGAGAGAAGGAGCGAGGGAGGGGACAGGAGAGGUACAGCCCCACGGAGGUAGAGAGCUCCAGCCCUCCACCCUCUCCUCCCAGAAGAGGAGCCCCCCAAGGCGGAGGCGAGAGGUACUCCCCCACUGAAGUGGAAAGAGAGAGGGAGCGAGAGAAGGAGAGAGCGGGAGGGGUGAAGAGCCAGGCCAGGAGGGCAGAGAGGUACAGCCCCUCUGAGCAGGAGAGAGAGCGGGAGAGGAGGGGGGCGCCCUCCCCGAAAGCCCCUGCAGCAGUUGUCCCGCGGCCCUCCCCCCCUCGCCGCACCCCCCCACGGCAGUACCAGGACCCCCCCACUCGCUCCCCCAGCCCCCGACGACAAGCUGCCACCCGGAGAGCCUCCCCUCCGUCCCGCUCCCCGACUCGCCACUACGCCCCACGGCGGAGCCGCAGCCGGGAGCUAGAGCCCAGCCGAGAGAGGCAGAGAGCGAGGGAUAGAGGGAGGGAUCGCUCCAGAGACAGAGGAGCCAGGAGGAGCAGGUCGAGGAGCCCCAGAAGACGCAGCCCCCUCUACAGGUCCCGGCGAUCCCACUCUCCCAUUCGACAAAGGAGAAGCAGCCACUCGCUAUCCAGAGAAAGGCAGAGAGACCAGGAGAGAGGGAAGAAUAGAGAGCUGGAGAGAGCGAGGGGAAAAGAGCGGGAACGUGAAAAAGAGCAAGAGAGGCGAGAGCGCCAACCUCUUAAAGAGGUCCCCCCGCCCCGUCGCUCUGCCUCGUCCUCUUCCGGUUCUUCUUCCUCGUCCCCCUCUCCGGCCCGAGAGAGGAAGGAGACGCCUACAGAAAAGGGGAUGAAACCAACGGCGGAGAAAGAUGGAAGAAGUGAUAGAGAGGAGCGAGAGAAAGGAGGAGACAGAGGAAGGAAGGCUCAUUCCAUCCCCCCACCACUCCCCUCCAAGGAGACCAGUCCCCUUCCCAGCCAAUCAGAAAUCAGGGCCCACCCCAAAGAAACACGGCACUCUGACCCUCCCCGCUCCAGGUCGCCCCAGGCCCUCAGCCAUUCAGAGACCAGAGUCUCUCUACAAGGCACCUCGAGGACCCAAUCACCUGCGGUGCUCCCCUCGCGCGGCGCUGCCCACCCCACAGACCGACCAGUCAGGACUGAAAACUGUGUGAGCGAGAAGGGAACCAAAGAGAACAAGAAAGGAAAGAUGGGUAGCCCCAGCUCUUCAUCAUCAUCUUCCUCCUCCUCCUCGUCAACUUCCUCCUCGUCUUCAUCAGACAGUUCUGACUCUGAGGCAGAGCAGGGAAAAGGAGAUGCCAGGAUAGCGGCUGCCCAUAGCUCUUCUUCCUCCUCCUCAUCAUCCUCUUCUGAAAGCGAGAAGGAAGACAAGAAAAAGAGCCCAGCACGACCUCACAGAGUGCCAGCUGAUUCGCUGAGAGACUCUCGUUCCCUCAGCUACUCUCCACCCAGACAGAGGCGACCAGCACAUUCCCCACCCACCCGCAGGAGUGGCAGCAGACAGUCCCCAAGCCGAUCGCCAAGCAGUAGGAGAAGAAAAUGAUCCUUCACUCUUUGAAAUAACUGCCACUUUCCCUCCCGCCUCGAUCCUCUGGUUUUUCCCAAACACUUCUGGGCUGGUUUGAACUGGACUGUACCAUUUGGAUAUUAAAGGGAGGGUUGGUUGAGGACAUUUGAUCUGUGAAUGACUGAGUGAAUUAAGCUUUGUUGUUGAUUCUGUGGCAUGAGGAUAGGGUUACAGGAAGAGAAGGUAGGCAGAAUUUGAAACCCAACAGAGACCACGAGGUCUGCUUUUAGUCAAGGGUUUCUGUACAUUGUUUUAUGCUGUACUGUAAGGAAGAAAUGUAACUAAAUGGUAGGUGAAGGAGUCUGUUACAGGAAAGUUAAGCACAGUAACAUCUGUGCAGACCCAUACAGACUAGAGCGAAGCGUUCCAGACUCAAAACACACAGCGUGUGCACACGCACACAGUCCUAUUAAAUUAUCUAUAAACAACAAAGUAACGUUCACUGCGUUUUUUCUGCCCCUCUGUAUUUGCGCGUUGUUCUACAUGUAGAUAUGACCCAUCUGUAUUUUGGUUAUCGCGGAAUGGAUUACGUGCUGUUUCCAUGUAUGUUGAUUAGAAACUGCAACUCUUGGUUUUUCUCUCUUUGUGAAAAUAAUGAAUGAUAAUAAAAAGUUGUAUCUUCA